AUGCGAACGAUAAACGUACGAUGUAACUGGGACGAAAUUAAUGAGGUCUGCAGAGAUCAACUGUUGAUGAAAAGAGAACUACGUGCUUCAGCUAGCUCACUUAAGCAAAUAAACUUGACAAAGUACAGGGUAAUGAAAAACGGAGCUGAAAAUAGUUCUUCAAAAAACAUAAAACCAGAGAAGUCACUAAAGAAGGCAGCGCUGCUUGAUACAACAAGGGAAGAAGUCUCAGACUUAGCAUCAAUACGAGAACCUGAAGCGCAAUCACCGGUGAAGUCCGGAACAGUGGCAAUGACUGGAUAA